UGUAUGGAAAGGUACCGCUGUCAUAUCCAACAAACAGGGAGGCAGUCCUUCGUGGAACGGACGCAAUUUUCCUCGCUCUUGAUUGGACGACCCUCCCUGUCAGUCAUCUUCGUCGGCCGUGCGGGACUAUCGCUCGCUGAGCCGAUCCGGGGGAGGAGGACGGAGAUGCGGGGAAAAAACACAAACAAUCCGUGCCGACCGCCAUCUUGAAUCCAGCCUGCUCACUGAAUGGGAAGGAAACGGCAGGAGGAGGGGACCGCUCGGGAGCUGGCAGCUUCGGGCAAGGAGACAGCCGACGAACACUUCGAGGCACCAGAGUCCACCUCCUUACCUCUCCGGAUCGGCGAGAAGUGACCGGAAAACCUCGGUUUGAAGCCGGACUCUCAUCGGGUCCUCUCGGGCUACAUAAGCCAGGGCUGGCGACGGGCUUCCCGACCGCGUCUUGCAGCAGAGGGAGGAUCGAUGUUCAGCAGCGCGGUGGUUGCGGUCUGGUACCGGUUCGAUCAGAGCACCGAGAUGCCCGCGUGUUUUCCGGGUGUUUCUCUGGAAUUUUCAGCAGCGCCGUGGCAGUGCAUCCCGAAAUGUGGACCUGAAUCCUGCUAGAAGAGCUGAUCCUCCCCCCUUCAACUUUCUUGAGGAUUGGGUCACUCGCGAUUCCGAGGAAGUGUGGAUGUGCGCCGAACCCAUUCUCGGGAGAACGUUUUUCAUGACUGCGGACCGGGCUGGAGUGACAAGACCUUUCAUUCUAAUUUAAUUUAAUGCCAUCGAUCACGGGCAGAUGGUGACAUGUCACCGCUCUCGCUGCGGAGUGGCUCGGUUCCCCGCUCCAUCCUGUGAAAAAGUCCAAAACACCCGAAAGACGGCAUUUCACAUGUCGCCGGUCUUGGCUUCCUCUAAAAUAUAUGUACACAUGUGUACGUGAUUUUUCUUCCCCUAAGUUCUUGAACAGCAGUGUUGCGGAUACCUGCCUUGUAAUAACCCCUUCCCCAAAGCAACAAGCUGAUAAACAAUGAUCGCAUUAUAUUUAGAACAGCAUUUGUGUUUUGCCAGCUUUUCCAAGUGAGACGAUUGCUGACAUCCUAGGAUUUUCCACGUGGGAUCCCUGCAAUAUUUAGUGGCUGCUUGUUUUUUCCCCUUUGUCGACGUGAGGAGAAUAAGCUUUCCGCCAAAUGACACAUGGUUGUCAAACUCAGUUGUCCGCACAGGGGAUCUUGGAGUAGGGUUUGUCUCUUUUUUCCCAGGAUUUAGGAUUUUGCCAACAAACUGCUGAUAGAGCCUGUCAGCCGGUACCCAGACUAGCAUUUGCGCUGCACAGGAAUCUCUGCGUUUUGCACUCAGCUCCCCGGGUGCAGCAGAAGUGCACGAUCAGCGCCGGGUUUAGCCGCCGUGGGAUUUAAUUUAUUUUUUAUUCCCAUAAUUAUUUUGGCGCAGUAGGUGAUUUGAUACCGUUACGAAAAAUGGGAGCUGCUACGAAACUUGCUUUCGCCGUUUUCCUCGUCACCUGUUCAUCAGGUGCUAUCCUGGGCCACUCGGAGACGCAGGAGUGUGUGUACUACAAUGCCAGCUGGGAGAAGGACCGCACCAACCGCAGCGGCAUAGAGCCGUGCUUCGGCGAGAAGGACAAGCGGCGGCACUGCUUCGCCACCUGGAAGAACGUGUCGGGCACCAUCGAGGUCGUAAAGCAGGGCUGCUGGCUCGACGACGUCAACUGCUACGACAGCAGCGAGUGCGUGGAGAGAAAGGAGAGCCCGGACGUGUUCUUCUGCUGCUGUGAGGGCAACAUGUGCAACGAGAAGUUCUCCUACAGCCCAGAGACACAGCCCGUGCAGACCACUUCAAACCCAUUCACCCAGAAGCCCCAGCUCUUCAACACUGUGCUUUACUCGCUGGUGCCUAUCAUGGGUCUGGCCGCCAUCAUGCUCUUUGCCUUCUGGAUGUACCGUCACCACAAGCUGGCCUACCCCCCGGUCCUGGUGCCUACACAGGACCCAGGACCGAUGCCCUCGUCCCCUAUCCUGGGACAGAAGCCACUGCAGUUGCUGGAGAUUAAGGCCAGGGGGCGGUUCGGCUGUGUGUGGAAGGCUCAGCUGCUCAAUGACUAUGUGGCCGUCAAGAUCUUCCCCCUCCAGGAUAAACAGUCUUGGCAGAACGAGUAUGAGAUCUACAGCCUGAGCGGCAUGAAGCACGACAACUUGCUGCAGUUCAUGGGGGCUGAGAAGAGGGGCACCAACAUGGACAUGGAGCUUUGGCUCAUCACCGCCUACCAUGAGAAGGGCUCACUGACUGACUACCUGAAGGCCAACGUGGUGUCCUGGAAUGAGCUCUGCCACAUCGCCCAGACCAUGGCCAGGGGCCUAGCUUACCUUCAUGAGGACAGGCCUGGUCUCAAGGAUGGACACAAGCCUGCUAUUGCACACAGGGACAUCAAGAGCAAGAACAUCCUCUUGAAGACCAACCUGACAGCCUGCAUCGCCGACUUCGGCCUGGCACUGAAGUUUGAGGCUGGGAAGUCGGCGGGGGACACUCAUGGGCAGGUGGGCUCUCGGCGCUACAUGGCCCCCGAAGUUCUGGAGGGGGCCAUUAACUUCCAGCGUGAUGCCUUCCUACGAAUAGACAUGUACGCCGUGGGCCUGGUGCUGUGGGAGCUGGCGUCUCGCUGCACGGCCGCCGACGGUCCAGUUGACGAGUACAUGCUCCCGUUCGAGGAGGAAGUGGGCCAGCAUCCCUCCUUGGAGGACAUGCAAGAGGUGGUGGUCCACAAGAAGCUGCGGCCUGUGCUGAGAGAGUGCUGGCAGAAGCACACGGGCCUGACCAUGCUCUGCGAGACCAUCGAGGAGUGCUGGGACCAUGAGGCGGAGGCGCGACUGUCAGCCGGCUGCGUGGAGGAACGAGUCGUGCAGAUGCAGCGGCAAGCAAGCGUCGCCGUCACCGAGGAGAUCGUCACCGUUGUCACCAUGGUGACCAACAUGGACUUCCCACCCAAGGAGUCCAGCCUAUGAUGGGCGUGGCGGGCACUGCAAUCGGGGUGUUGGGACGGGGGGGGAGGGGUAAGUGGUCUGAGGUUCAGGAUCCUGGUAUGGGGGAAGUGGCGAUGUCCCCAGAGCACUAAAAGCAGACGAUUGCACCCACCCCCCAGAGCAGCUGACUUGUGGGGGGUGUGGGGCAGGGACACAGAGCCCUGUGCACAUUCAGAUGGGUUCGGACCCAAUACUCUCACCUACACUCCUGCCUGGAGACCGGCAUCUUGCACCGGGAGCCAAGACCGAACGGGGAGACGUGGAAAGGACGCCGCCACCGAAAUCAGACUUUUGCAGAUUUCCUUUUGUAUCAAAGAAGAAAAAAAAGACUUAAAAAUAGACACCUGCUAGUUUUUCUAUGAGGAAAGAGAAAGGGAGACAGAAAGCGCUCAUUUGAGAAGGGCGGCCUUUUUUCUCACUGAAUUUGCUGUUUUACUCUUUAUAUAAAUGACUCUUGUGAUGCCAGUAAGCAACAGCUUCUGAAUGUUUAGUGUGCUGCUGUACAUAUAUCAGUGGAGAAAAGCAAAAUGACACCAUAGUCAACGAUAUCUGUAAGGAGUCACUUCCAAAUUUUAUUUAAAAAAAAACCAUAAACCUCCCACAACCAGGUAUACCUCAGCUCACCUCUCACAGAAAACACUUCAAUCAAUCGGUGCCGGUUUGGCUUGUGGCUUCAGUAUUGAUGCCUGGUAAGAUAUUACCCAAACUGUGGCCAGACUCUGCCAAUUCCAUAACGGCCAUCGGUACAUAAAACAGUGUUUUGCCUUUUUUAAAAUGUGCUUUUAGUGUUCUGUGUAUUAUUGUUUUUCCCUGGUGUUUUAAAGUAUUUUUUUCUGAAACAUUUACAUUUUUUUGGUUUGAUGGAAAACAUACAAUCAUUUAAGAGUACAGGUGAUUAAAAAGGCCCUCUUCCUCGUUUAGGUUUGCUGUGUCAGUGAAAUGCUUGGGGAGGAAGUCGCGUACCUUUUGGUUUUCAGUUUUUGCUCAGGCCGAAAUUUUCUGAUCAUGUGCACAAGUUCCUGUCCUCAGGACUUGGAAUCGUGCUUCUCCUUUCUCCAUCGGCGCGCCCAGCCCACUCUCCACAGGAUCGCUUUCCGAGGCUCACCAAUGCCCCCCCCUCAGCUGUGCCCAGCAGCUCAGGAUCGGCAUUCCUCUCGGAGCCUGACGUCAGUUAGCUCUCUCACUCGCCUCGAUGCCCUCAUGUCACCUCGUGUCCUGUGACCUUCACACUCCCGUGGCUCAUGGGAAUUUUAUUUACGCAAAAAUGUUCUGAGGGCAAAAUGAAACAUGAUGGGUGCAAGCAACUGGAGGAGGCGUGACCAAGACAUCUGAUUGGUUGGCCCUGACUUCUCUAGUUACUUGGACCCACGUCUUCUACAAUCUGAUUUGUUGAUUCUCUGAACCAGUUAUUUUUCAUUCUGCCCUCAGAACAUUUCUGAGUAAGUAAAGCUCCCAUGAGUGCUCUUGUGCCCCAGAAAACCCCAACCUGUCCACGGCUUAGCAAUAAAAACUUGCUUUCUUCCUUAUUUUCUUCCUUCUGGUAAAAUCACAUGGGAGUCGGUGACAUUUGGCGCUGGGACAUCUGCGUCAGUCUACGUCCUGCUCGGGGACGUCUCAAAUGGCAAAAUCUCAUUCACACCACAGCAGCAUUCAGGGAUACAGUACUAUGCUCUAUUAUGCUGAUUAUAUGCAAUGGGCAUCGCCUACGAGGCCGUGUGUAUUUUUAAACGAGUUAUCCUGUGGAGAGCUCAUUAAUUCACGAGAUCGCCAGGCACUCGUGCUCACCAUCAUCAGGUGCCAACUUUUCUGAGGCAGGGGAGGAGUUUAUGAGGGUGUCCACCCACCAGCGAGCCGGUCACUGGAAGGCUGGCAUUGGCUGCAUCGGUACUUUGUGGUGGGUGGGCAUGAGGUCGCCCUCGGUGACGUGCCGAGCCGGGAGAGGCACAUGGGCAUAUAUGCAGCUGCUACUGCAUCAUGCGCUCUUUUGCUGGAGAAGAAUAACGAAUAAUGAUUAUAUUGAUAAGGCAGCCACUGGGUUCCCUGCCCACAGCUGGUCCUGCCCAGGUGUCCCUUUAAAGUGAGACCCUUCUUGGAUCCUGAAGGUGGCGCCAUUUUCACGGCACUCAGUACCGUAUCGAUGCUUGACAUUCAGGCCUGGGCCUUCUUUUAAGUGUUGGAGAUCUGCAUCCCCCCCCCCCCCCAAAUGAAAGCCAAAUGCUUUGGCACCAGACUUCACAGCAAAUGCACAUUAUGUAAAUAUGUAUGUUGUUUUUAGAUUGUGAAUAUAGCAUGAGCUUGUAUCUGUUGUAUUUUUUUAAGGUAUCACAAAGCAAAAAAGGAUCUUUAUAAAGUAAUUAUUCCAUAAAUACAUUUUGUAUAUAUGCAUACAUGUAUAUAUGUGUGUGUGUAUAUAUAUACACAUUUUUAGUGGUAUUAAUUCGUGUCCCCCCCACCCAAGACUGGUCAGUACAGACGGCAUCUCGUUUACCUCAGGCGCCCCCGUUUGCUUGCCCGCUGGUCUGCUUCCUAGCACACGCGUGACCUCCUGCUCCGGGAGCGUCGCCCAGGAUACGACCCACAGUGCUGUGCGAGCCGCACUCUCGGGUUCCAAUGACGGCGCGGUUCUGCUGAGCUGAACCCGGCUGGGCCGCGCUCACCAUCCCCCCGAUGUUCCGCGUGUGGUUUGCACAAGCGACUUUACUGCUGUCCAAGUGUACUUGCCAUUUUUAUUGUUUUGCGAGCAUUUAACAGUUUCAGAGGCCUGGUUGGAAGUGAUUGUUUAAUAUUGUACAGGUAAAUUGUAUGCUAUUCCACCCCCCCCCCCCCCCCCAAAAAAUAAAGUAUAGUGACCGCUA